CACCGCCUUGUGCCUUAUUCAUCCAAAUAUCCUUGGUUUGCGCCUCACUGGCCUCACCUGCGCCUCACCCAACACCUCAUUGUGGCGCCAAUCCCGUGACUCACCUUGAUUGUUACCUUAUUGGUCUUUUCCAAUGCCAUAGUCCAGUUGGAACCAUAUCAUCCACCUGUCUGUGGCAAUCCUCCCACAGCAAACAAUGUGACGGUGAGACGCUUCAACCGAUCUCAAAGACAGUGUCGCUAGUGAGCCGGUGGAUCAGUUUCUCAGCUCGACGGCAACUUCUUCAUGGAUGACGAACCUGAAUCCGACCUUCUCGAAUACCACGAAUAUGGAGGCCGAUAAAGCCGGAACAGAAUUCAACAUGGCGAGUUCCGGCAGUAGCGCUCAGUCUUCUUCCAGCGAUGGCGCAUCACCAAGCACACAAUCUCAUCCAUGGGUGGCUAGAUCCAACUUUGAACCAACACAAGGAUCACCUCAAACAGCCGGACCACAACUGUACGAAGGAUACGUACCGACGCCUACAUCAGCAAUGUCAUCCCACCAGCCACUGCAGCCUCAGGCACAAGGUUAUAUCUUUAUGCCUCCACAGACAGUGCGUCCGAAUCAUCAACCAGUCCAACAGCGUGAACCAAGCCAUCCGCAUUCUGGACACAUGGGGCAAAUGAACAGUCAACUUCCUCCACAACAUGCCGAGACACCUCCAUUUACUCAUCCACAAUGGACUGCUCCUCAAGGACAGUCUUUUGGAUUUCCGCCUUUCCAGCCGCAUCACCAGCAGAUGAGACUGGUUCCACCAAACCCUCCUCACAGUUUCCCGCAGCCCGGACGAUUGGGCCGUCCUUUUGCCCCUGAAUAUCAAUAUGGCCACGGCCCAGGUUAUCCUCAAAUCCCUCCCCAAGGGAUGUAUUCACCAUACGUUCAAUACCGAGCAUUCCAAACAUAUCAAUUCCCGGGUCAUCCUCAAUCUUCCUUGCACUCAUCAACCCCUAGAGCAUACGUUCUGAAUCAUUCGUCUGAUCCGCAUCAGCUGCUGGCAAAUCUUCAAGCUCCUCGCCUACAACAGCAACCCUCCCCAAUCGCGGAUACACAGCCUUCCAGUCUGCCACCUAAUUACAUUCCCUUUCCCAUGGAGAAAUUACCCCAGCUACAUGUGACCCCGUCCUCAGGACCAGCUGCAGGAGAUGGCGAAGAACAAGAAGUGCAGACUUCUGCUGGUGAAGAAAACAUGUCCAUGGAUGAAGUGGACGCAACAGAUGUUGACCAAGCGAACGGCCAAGGACGGAAACGCGCUCGUGGAAAGCAAUCCUCAGCUGCGGGUCACCCCAGGAAACGACGAAGAAAGACGGGCAAGCGAGGUGGUUGGAGUAAAGGUAUGCAACUCGGCCACAGACCUGCCAUCGACCCCGGUCCCGAGUUCACUCAAAUCUUGAAAGAAGCCAACAAUGCGUGGGUGGAGCUGGACAUAGACCAGGCUCUUGAGCUGUGUUUGAAAGCCAUCGCAAUCAACCCAGAAAUCUAUGCUGCUCAUGCUCUUCUCUCCGAAAUAUACUUUUACAAAGGCGAAAACGAAAGAGGCAUUGCUACACUUUUCACUGGUGCUCACAGCAUACCCACUGACCCUGAUGUAUGGCAGAGAGUGGCUGCAGCAUGUUUGGAAAGACCAUAUGGAGACAUGCAACGAUCUCUUCAGCAAGCAAGUUAUUGCUACGCUCGAAUUAUUUCCAAAAAUCGCAAAAACUUGGAUGCACGGCUUCAGCGUGCGUCAGUCAACAGACAGCUGGAGAAUUACAGGAAAGCGUUUUCCGACUUGGAGACCAUCCUCGAGCACAAGCCACGACAUUCCGACGCCAUGAGACUGUUCGCUGAUAUUUGUGUCGAAACUCAUGAUCUUCCCAAAGCAAAGGCGUUGUACGAAGAAACGCUGGAUUAUUACCGUCAGCACGGCUUUGAGGGCGAGGAGGAAUUCACCUGGGCCGAUGUGCUUGUCUAUAUACAGCUUCUGGCUCAAGAAGAGCCACCUGAAUUGGCAUUGGAAAAUUCCAUCGCCAACUUGAAGAGGUUGUCCAGAUGGCUGCUCGGUAGACAAGAUGAGACAUACUGGGAUGAAUACACCGAGGACGACAGAGAAUGGGACUCUGAAGAUGAGCCAAGAAGAGUUACCGUGCUGCAAUUCAUACCGGGCAGACAUCCACCCGAUGCAUACGGCCCUGGUCUGCCUCUGGAGCUUCGCUCUCGACUUGGCAUGCUUCGUCUCAAGCAAGGACCCGAACAAUUGGAAGAAGCACUCGCCCAUUUCGAAUGGCUCGAAGCGGAUGCGAGGGACCUUACUGCGGCUCUUUGGCAGUACCCCGACCUGUUUCUCGAGGUUGCCCAGGCUCUUCACGAGGCCAAAGAACAUAACCAAGCACUCCGUUAUCUCGAAGCUCUGAAAGAAGCCAAGGCGUACGACGACAUGACCGACUACUGGCUGCUCAUCGCUGCAAACUCCUACAUAUGCAGCAAUAAAGAGCAAGCCAUCGAAUGCUAUGAGGAAGCCAGGGCACUCGACGAAAAUUGCAUUGAAGCCAGGACUCAGCUGUCAAAGCUCUAUGCCGAUCUUGGAGAUAAAGAGCAAGCACUGGAAUGUGCUCGGGAAGCCGUUGUGAUUGCAGACAAUUCACUCCAAAAGACCGAAAGACGGAAGUACGAGCGCAAAGAGCAGCGACUUGCUCGUGAGGGGGCAGAAAAGGCUCUCAAGGAGGCAUACAAGCUACCGGGUGUUGUUGAGCCAGGCGCGCCAGUUAAUUCACUCGAAGCCCGCCUUCAGCGGGUGCCCAAGUCCAAGGCCAGACGCAAACAGAAAGUAUCUGAGCUCGCAGCACGCGUCGUAAACGACACCGGUCUUUCGCGGAAGAGUCCACACAAACCGGAAACCCCCGUCGAGGAAAGUACCUUCACAGAAGCUCCACCAGACCAUAUUGAAAAGAGUCCAAACGCUCAACCUGAGACCGUCGUAGAAGCUCCAGCCGACAACACCGGAACGAGCACAACCGUUCAGCCCGAAAAUGUCAAAGACAAAGUCAAAGCCAACCGUCCUCGAAAAGAACCCACCACUCGCCGUGUCCGCCAACCCGCCCUCGCCAAACCGAAACGCAUGAACGCCGAAGAGCGCGAAGUCCAUCGCACCGAAACCAUCAACAACCUGUACCAGACUCUUCUCGAUAACACCGAAGCCAUGCGCUCUGGCGACGAAAUCGCCCGCCACACCUGGAUGGAGUGCGCCGAAAGUCUGAUCAUCGACUUCCGCACCAACCGCGCCUUCUACCCUGGUGAGCGCGCCGCGAAGAAAAGACCGCCCUACGAUAGUGAUAUGCGCAAUGCAACAAAUUCACGCAAACGCCCCGACGACAGCCAAGAUCCGGAUCAUGAUCCAGACUUCCCGAUGCCCUCCGUUGAAGGGCUCACGCAGCACCAGCAGCCUGCGACGACAUACCGCGACAUAUCACUCCCAGACUGGCUGGAUGUGUUCCUCGAGUACGCAUUACUCCUAGCCAGUGACCCCGGACCCACCGCCGAAGCCCACCGGCAGCAGCGCUGCUAUGCCAUCAUCCGCGCCGCACUCGACUGUAUCGUAUGGUACAACGACCCCCCCUCCGUACUCCUCAUCCACGUCACACACCUCGUUUGCGCGCUGGCCUUGCGCGACGCACAUACCCUCUUCAACAACGUCCUGCGCUGGUUUGUCCGAACGUACCAAUUCUGCACCGACGCAUACAGGCUCUUCGCGGCGCUGAACUUGUUCUUCCCGCACCCCCUCGACAAGGCGGGCAAGGAAGGACAGAUGCAAAAUGCCGCUUUCCGUACCGGGCCCAGCCAGAAGUUCUGGUUCAGACAGGUCAUGAUCCUUGACGCCAAUUUACCAACGGACUAUGAUCCGGAAGGCUGGGGCCCUGUGCCGAGUAACAUGCGCAACGCAGACAAGGAGAUCCGCAAAGACGACGACGAGGACGGCGGCGGCGGCGGCAUGGGUAUGCCACCCCGCGCGUACAGGGAUGCAGACGGGCAGGUCAUAUUACCCGACGAGAUGGAUGUAGUGCUACUCACGCUGUACGGACACAUCCUGUACGCGGGCAAUUCCUUCCCCAGCGCGCUGAAUUAUUUCUUCCGCGCGCUCAGCUUGGACCCGAAGAACCCCGUGGUCCUGCUGAGUGUUGCUCUGAGUUACUUGCACGAGAUGGCGAAGCGGCAGAACGUGGAUCGGCACAUGUACGCGCUGCAGGGGUGGGCCUUUUUCGAGGAAUACGUCGACGCGAGGAGGGAGUGGGCAGACAAGAAGGGCGACAAGGAUUUGGAAGCGGUCGUCGAACGCGAGAUCGAUUUCAACAGAGCUAGGUGCUGGCAUAUGCUUGGUAUGUCGGAUUUAGCUGUCCGGGGGUAUGAAAAGAUACUCGCUGUGCCGCCGGAGCUCGCAAAGGUGAAUCAGAGAGCGGACGAGGCUGUUGAGGUCGAAGGUGAAGGCGAAGACGACGAUCAGGCCCAGCAGAAGCCUGGUACCGAGCAAGAUGGGAAGCAGAAGCAUGCUGGCGAAUACGCAAUGGAAGCGGCAUAUGCGAUCCAGACCAUGUACGCGUUGAGUGGGAAUGCCAUCAUGGCCAAGGAGGUUACGGAGAGAUAUCUCGUCGUCUGAUGAUGAAUGGGAAAACAGCACCAUGCUCAUGUUUGAUUGCCCGGCGGCAGCACUCGACUUUCCAGAGGCUACAGAACAGUCAAUAAUGGUAAAAGUGCUCAAAUCGAAAGCUUUAGAGCUAUUUUAUGUACACAACAAUGCAUCAAGCCAAUGAGGCUACCA